AUGGAGAAAAAAGAUGCGAAGCCCCGUUUGAUCCGUUGGGUGUUGUUGCUACAAGAAUUCGAUUUAAAAAUUCGAGAUAAAAAAGGAAGUGAAAACGUAGUGGCGGAUCACUUGUCUCGAAUUCCGGUGGAAGGGAUUGAUGAUUUGAGCGAGAUAAAUGAAAGGUUUCCCGAUGAGCAACUACUAGCCAUGUCCACUUUUGUUGCACCAUGGAAUUGCCACUAUGUGAAUUACUUAGCCACGGGUGCCAUCCCAAAUCAUUGGACCAAGAAAAGAAGACAACAAUUUAUGGUCAAAGUGAAGCAAUACAUUUGGGAUGAGCCGGACCUUUUCAAGAUCGGGCCCGAUCAAGUCAUUCGGAGGUGUGUGCCCGAAACAGAGAUGUUGGAGAUCUUGACUCAUGCCUACUCAUCCGCCUGUGGAGGUCAUUUUAGCGGCAUAAAACGGGUUACCGGAUUCUUUCGUGUGGGUUUUAUUGGCCCACAAUUUUCAAGGAUGCAUGAGAGUUUGCAAGGAAUUGUGUCAAUUGUCAAAGGAUGGGAAAUCUUUUCCCGUUUUGGUAUUCCGAGAGUUAUCAUUAGUGAUGGUGGGUCGCAUUUCAAGAAUUUCAAUUUCAGAAAACUGUUGAAGCGGUACAACGUGAACCACCGGAUUGCUACACCAUACCAUCCGCAAACGAGUGGACAAGUCGAAGUGUUCAACCAUCAGAUUAAAGAAAUUCUUAUGAAAACGGUUCGAAUGGAUAGGAAGGAUUGGUCAAGUAAACUUGAUGAUGCGUUGUGGGCAUACCGGACGGCCGACAAAACUCCAAUUGGUACAACACCUUACCGGAUGGUGUAUGGAAAGGGUUGUCACUUAACAAUGGAGUUAGCUCAUCGGGCACAUUGGGAAAUCAAGACGGUGAAUGCGGAUUAUUAUGAAGCGGGGAAGAUGCGGAAGUUGCAACUAAGUGAGAUAGAAGAAAUUCGAGACGAAGCUUACGAGUGUGCAUUGGCAUACAAGGAUAAGCUUAAAAAGGUCCAUGAUGCAAAGCUUAGAAAGAAGACCUUGAAGUGGGUCAAAAGGUAUGGUUGUACAACUCGCGAUUAA